AUGGUGUAUCAGCAGGCACUAGGGGCUAUGUCAGGCAAGGGGAAAUGGUGUAUCAGCAUGCACAAGAGGCUAUUCCAGGUAAGGGGAAGUGGUGUAUCAGCAAGCACUAGAGGCUAUCCCAGGCAAGGGGAAAUGGUGUAUCAGCAAGCAGUAGAGGCUAUCAAAGAUGAUGUGACCUUCAUCUUGUCCUUCAUCCCUGUCACAAGGAUCUUUGACUUCACACAGAAACAGGAAGAUGCCAUUUUCAACGAUUUAUCGACAAAGUUUCCAGGUAGAGAGGAAACCUGGACUGCUGUGGCCAGAAGAUGUUUGGAGGAUAUGACAACUCCUCCAGGCCAUUCACCAGCAUUGUCACACAACAUUGAUGGAUUUAGUGAGAAGGAAUACCAGUGUUUCCAAGUGUUUGAAGAUGCUGUCUCACAGGUUCAGACAGAGGCCAUGUGGACGGCAUACCUGAGGGUCUGUCUGGAGAGGAUUGGGGAGACAUCCCCUAAACUGGUCCAGGAGAGGCGGAUUCGGAAGGUUCUGGAAGUCUUCAAGAGAGCAGCUGGGGCAGGACUUCUGUCAGCACAAUGUUAUGUGGAUUGGCUGGAUACUUUAUUAAAGAUUGGGUCCGUUCAGGAGGCAGAAUGCGUGUGUAAAGAAUCCACCCAGAGAUACCCCGCCUAUGUCGCCCUCUGGAGACAGAGGCUUGUCCUGUUAACCAAGGGUCUGGCUGAGGAAAAGCUGCUCAUGGAUAUUCUUCAUCAAGCUAGGAAGCUUGUUCCUGAACGUGAAUGCUGGCCGUUAUGGGAGAUAACUCUAGAGUACUUAGUGUCUACAAAUUACUCAUCAGUUGAAACACUAUUUCAGACCUGUGCAUCAUCUCCAGUAAGAGAACUGUGUCUUCCAGCAAAAGAGAUGUAUCUAAAGUGGGCAGCUGUUACUCAUGGUGUGGAAAAGGCUAGACAGGUGUAUUACAGCUUGAUCCGGCCAGUAUCCUUGGAAUUCUACCAAUAUUUCCUUGAUAUAGAAAAUUCUCAGGCCACACCAAAGAUCAAGAAGUUACGAAAAAUUUAUGAGAAUGCUGUUCAAGAUUAUGGAAGUGAAAAUACAGAUUUGUGGCUGGAUUAUGUUAAAUUGGAGCUGAAUCAUCCAAAGGGGAAAUCGAGGAAUGCUGGGAACAUUCAUUUCCGUGCCAUGAAGAGUUUGUCUGGUGAUCAAGUUGAGAGAUUUGUUACACAGUAUACACUGCUUCAGGCUGGACAUGAUAUCUGAGUAUACUCUGCUUCAAUCUGGACAUGAUAUCUGAGUAUGCUCUGCUUCAGUCUGGACAUGAUAUCUAAGUAUACUCUGCUUCAGUCUGGACGUGAUAUCUGGGUUGUUACAGAGUGUACACUGCUUCAGGCUGGACUUGAUAUCGGAGUAUGCUCUGCUUCAGGCUGGACGUGAUAUCUGAGUUGUGACACAGUAUGCUUUGCUUCAGACUGAACAUGAUAUAUGAAUGUGACACACUAUAAACUGCUUCAGUCUGGACACCUUACCUAAUUGUGAUAUAGUAUACUCUACUCCAGGUUGGAUAUGAUGUUUGAGUUGUCACACUGCUCCAAGCUGGACAUUGUGUCUGAGUUGUGACACAGUAUACGCUGCUUCAGGCUGGACUUGAUAUCUGAGUAUACUCUGCUUCAGACUGGACAUGAUAUUUGAGUUGUGACACAGUAUACUCUGCUUCAGAAUGGGCAUGAUAUUUGAGUUAUGACACAGUAUACUCUGCUUCAGAUUGGGCAUGAUAUUUGAGUUAUGACACAGUAUACUCUGCUUCAGAUUGGGCAUGAUAUUUGAGUUAUGACACAGUAUACUCUGCUUUAGGUUAUAUAUGGUUGGUGACACAGUAUACACUGCUUCAGCCUGGACAUGAUAUCUGAGUAUACUUUGCUUCAGACUGGACAUGAUAUUUGAGUUGUGACACAAUAUACUCUGCUUCAGGCUGGACAUAUCUGAGUAUACUCUGCUUCAGGCUGGACAUGAUAUAUGGGUUGUGACAGUAUACAUCCCAGCAUAAUGCUGGCAGAUGUGGUAUAAUUGAAAUAUUCUUGUGUCAUGUGUAA